GAACGUCUCGGUCUCAGCGUGGGCAGUUUGGUCAUUUGGACACCCUCUCUGGCUCUCUCUCCCUGCCCUGUGGUUUCCUUAAGACCCGCUCGACGUUCGAUGGUAUGCUCAACAGAAAGAGAGGAUAAACCCCGAUGAAGCGCAAAAUUCUAUCUCGUUGUAUCGACAUAAACCAGAGAGAGAAAGUUGGAAAUCGAGAGAAGGGCAACCAUUAGAAGGGAACAAGAGAGGAGAGGUCCUCUACGUUCGUUGUAAGCCAGAGUUGGCUUUUACGUUCGUCUGGAAGGUACAGCCAGGGAAAAUAUUUCGUGCAGGGAAAUAAUUUUGCUGAGUUUCGUGAAUUGGGUUCUUUGAAUUUGGAGCGUCUUGUGGCAGACCUUGCGGUUCUGCUCUGAAAUUCCCGAAUCCCAUAAUUAGAACUUCUUUUACCUCUUCGUGAAAGGAAACUUCCAAUCGUUGGAUUUACUCGAAACACUGUGUUUCAGAUUCCUCGAAGAACAAGAAUCUUCUCCCCUGUCAGUUAUUUCGGUCUUUCUGCUUCGGUUACUGCGAAUCUCUUGUUCUCAAGGCUCCGCUGUUCUCUGUCUCUGUAUUCAAGUUAUCGGAAUUCCAUACCGGUUUGAAUGGAUAUUUCCGGUGGAGGUAGUCGCCGGAAGAAAUCGAUCUCAGAGCCAUUGGCGGUUCUUGAGAAAUCGAAUCUCCGGGAUUUUCUCAGAGUCAGAGAUGACGACGACGGCCGAAAAGCCUUGGCGGGGCUAACCCUGGGCGCAGUACUCGGCUGCGAGGAGCAGAGACCGACGCCGGCCAGCCAGACGGUUCACGACAUCAUUAAAUAUGAAGAUUCCAGCAACAAAAAGAACUGGAAGUCGUUCAAGGACCGUCUCUGCCGUUCCGGGACCCCUCGGGCUUCAUCCUCCUCGCACCUAGAUGCCUACCUUGCCAAUAGCAGAGUCCAAAUUUCACGCCCCUUCCCGGUACCACAUUCCAUCGCCAUCAAUGCCGUAGGUCCGACAGACACUACAAUCGCCACCUUAGCCGAACCAGAGAACACACCUGACAGCCGAGCAGACAUCGUCGCCGAACACAAUUCGUCGUCUUUGACGAUGGCCCCACGGCUUGGAGACGCGAUAAUGGCGGGGUGGGAGGUAGAAGGGGCAGCACGAGAAAGCGAGCAAGAGGCUCCGAAUGCGGAAGCUCCGUCGCCGACGGUGGUAGAAGCGGAGGAGGCGCCGCCAGUAAGGGUGUCGUUGAUGGCGUUACUUGAGGAGACGGAUAGGCAAGAGGGGACGCUGGGGGCCUUGGUGGGGUCAGGGAUGGACGACGAUGAUGAGGACGAGGAUGAAGAUGAUGGAGGAGGGGAGUACGUAUGCUGCGUGUGCAUGGUGAGGCAUAAAGGUGCGGCGUUCGUACCAUGUGGACACACGUUCUGCAGGCUCUGCUCAAGGGAGCUCUGGGUUAGCCGGGGGAAUUGCCCGCUCUGCAAUGGUUACAUCUUGGAAAUUCUUGAUAUCUUCUAAGAAAAACAAAGAACAAGAAGGAGAAAAUUCCGAUUUCUCAAUUCUUCAAAUCUAUAUAAAUAUAUAU